AUGAUAGCCCAUAUCCCGCUGAACGCCCACCCGAACCCCAAGAGAGUGUUAGUAGUGGGCGGUGGAGACGGCGGAGUGCUGCGUGAGGUCACGAAACACGAGUGUGUGGAGAAGAUCGAUAUUGUCGAGAUCGAUGACUCGGUGGUUCGUCUCGCUAAACAGUAUUUGCCAGACAUGGCGAAAGGGUAUAACGACCCUCGGAUCACUCUUCAUAUCACCGAUGGUUUCGACUUUUUAAGGACUAAGACUGCCGAGUACGAUGUCAUCAUUUCAGAUACUUCUGAUCCUGAAGGUCCUGCAGAGGUGCUGUUCCAGGAGGAGUAUUUCCGUCUUCUUGACAACGCUCUUACUGAAAAGGGCGUUAUUUCGAUGAUGGCUUCAGAAAACGUCUGGUUGAAGGUGACAGUCCUCGAGAAACUCAGAGCCACGUGCAAAAACGUGUUUCCCACUGUCGAAUACGCUUACACCUGUGUUCCUACAUACACGUCAGGCCAGCUGGGACUCAUGAUCUGCUCAAAAGACGCUGCCAACGACGUCACUACUCCGACCCGAUUAUGGGACCGCGAGGUCGAGGCGUCCAUCAACCGCUACUACAACCGUGAAAUCCACAGGGCCAGCUUCGUCAUCCCUACUUUCGCCAGACGGUAUCUGGCGUGA